UUAAAUUAUAUAAAUUUUUUACUAAAUAUCAUCAAAACUAUAAUAAUGUUGGGAAAAAUCAAAACAAAACAGGAAAAAGGAGAGAUCAUUGCAUAUAGCGAAUCAGCUGUUGUAAAUAAUGCUGCUGUGGUAGAAUAUUGUAGGAUAUCAAUGGCAGCAUUAUCAGGAGGUACAGCUGGUUUAUUAGGAUUAACAGGAUUAUAUGGGUUUGGUUUUUACAUUUUUGCUGUGUUUGGAUUAUGGGCAAUGUUAUUACUAAAAGCUGGAGGUCAAUGGAAAAAAUAUUUUAUAAGUAGACGAAAUCUCCUAACCAGUGGAUUUUUUGGAGGCCUUUUUACGUAUGUGUUAUUUUGGACAUUCUUAUAUGGUAUGGUACAUGUAUACUGAUUAAAAGAUACUUAGAUCAAAGGGUUUAUAUAUUUUUUAACUAAAUAAGUCGUUAACUAAUGAAAUAUAUCAUAAACAAUUGACAGUUGCUGGUCAGAUUAAAAAUAUUGUUGAUAAAGCACUAUGUGAUUUAUUGUAUAUGUAUGUAAAUAGAACACUUU